AUGACAACUGACAGUUGGCGGGCGGCCGCGGCGUUGUGUGUGUGCCUUGUGCUGCGGGAGCGCGUGUUGCGGGCCGAGUGCGCGUGUGUCCGUGUCGCAGUGUGGCGGACGGCUAUCGAUCGCGGGCGAGACCGCAUUGCCGUACAUUCCGGAGGCGGUGCCUCGGCGUCGAUCGCGGCGCGGCGCGCGCGUGGCGGCGGAGGCGCCGGCGUGCGCACCGACGGCGGCGCGGAGCGGCGGGCGCGCCAACAGUGCCAAAACCGGCCCGCUGUCCGCCGCGGACGGCUG